AUGAAUUCGAUAAUAGUAGUGACUAUUUGUGCUAUGUUCAUUACUUUCAGUGGGGCAAACAUCAAAGGAGGCAGUCUACUGAAUAUUCCAGCUCGUGUUGCAACCAUUCCAUCGUUGGAAAACAUCAGAGAUGCGUGUAUGUUGAUGGGAACUGCAAAUUAUUCAGCGAGCAGCAUGAAUUCGGCUUCGCCGCAGAGUGGUGGUUGUCUCCUCAUGGACAUCAAACAAAUUGACCAAAGAAGAGCAUUUACCUUGUGGCUUGGCAAUUCUCAGAAUGGCAAGCAACAAUGCGGUCAAGAGGGUAUGGAAGAAUUCAAUUUUGCUUGUGACGAAUAUCCCUUGACAAUUGAAGAAAAUAUCGAUGAUGGAGCUAAGUUCGUGCGUCUAUACGGCGAAGACGUCAACAAGAUGGGUGGGGGUAGAAUCAGAUGUGCCUUGUUCGAGAAGAACGAAAUCAACAGCAACAUUUUCCGCCUAGCAUUGAGCGGUAACAACUCUUGCGUUGGUUUGGCCAAGGUUUUCUAUGAAAAACCUCCGAUGAUGCCCAAAGGAUCUAACUUUCUACGGUUGACAAGAUACCCAGAAAACCAGGAACACCAAUCAAGAGACAGACGUUCAGUGAUAAAUCCUACUUCCACAAUUCAAAACCUGGAUAUGUCUACUGUGUGGGUGCCGUCAUUUGGGUAG